UUUUGGAAAGGAUAUUCUUAUCGACCUAUUCUGUUGCUGAUAUUUGACCAUUUCCGACAAAUAAACUGUUCUUGUUAUAAAAAUUAACUUACAUGGAAAGAAAUAUAAAACUCAGAAAAAAUCUUUCAGCUUUUGUGACAGAACGCUACGGAAGGGGUCACGUGACCGCCUAUAUCACCUGAUUCGCGCAUGAGCAGAACGGUGGCAGAUGUGCAUUAAAUCUGAAGUGGACUAAUCUAAAAAAUAAGCAACAUUGAAACCACAUAUUGUUUCUUUUAUUGAAUUUAUUCAAUUAGUUCGCGAACUUUUUGAUCACCCCUCGUAUAGUCGAUCAGCAGUCAACGGGUGUAAGCAAAAAGGUAUGGGUUGCGUUGGAAGUUCACAGUCCACGCUUGUUGGGAUACCCCCACAGCCUCCCUAUCAUGGCGCCCCAUGUGAAUACCGAUUUGAGAACUUCGAAAUUACUUACGUGGAGCAGUUUAAUCUGGCAUUUAUGCCCACUGCAGGCAAGCCAUUCAUGACCUCGGACGAAAAGGUUUACAGCGUCACUUUGGGGUCAUUGUAUGACCUUGGAUUCCGUUUGUUGACUUUUUCGGUUAUUCCAGCUUCGCUCAAGGUCAGUGGGGUUUUUACAGUUAAUGUCAAGCACACGCAAAAGUAUCAAGGAAUCUGUAGGAAACUGCCCGAGGACGAAUUACCCCAGCAAUGGUCACUCAAAGUCGUCAAGUCCUAUUUGCCCUCUGAAGUUUUCACUCAUGGGGUAUUCCGAAUGGGCGAUGGAAAAAUUACUGCCGACGCCAAUCACAUAUUUCAGACAAUCACGAACGAGGCUGCAAACGGGGCUAGGCUUCUUUGUAUUGAAAUAACAGGGUUUAACUCUCAAAAUGUAAAGCAACACGGAGCAACAAGCGCCGCUGCCGGCGCCUUUGAUGGCCAAGGUGCUAUGAAUGUUUGCUUCUCUGGCCAGAGUCCAGACAUGAUUCCAGGAGUGGACAUCUUCUUUGAGAUACCCCGGAACCCAUCCUCCAACCGAUACAUUUACCAGUGUGUUACAAUUCCAAUGAAAAUCACCUGGACAAUGGCCAUGGCAUUGGGAGGAAAAUGGAUUGUCGAGAUGAAAUGGGUUGGUGUGACGUCACAGUACCUUGGCACGGGUUGGAAACUAGUAGACAUCUUCAUGGACCAAAACAAUAGAGGUUUCCGGGAUGGGUUCACCACGUCCAAAAUAACGAUCAACCAGAACUGCGUAUUUAUUUUCGAAAAAGAGCAGUCGAAGCUAAACGAUAACAAACCAGUGUACGAAGCUACAAUGGUAGAAUACAACGCCCCCGGUAAAAUGGGUGGAAUUGGUACCGCCACGGCGCAGUUCAACCCGGCAUGGGAACCAGUUCUUGGCCAGCUUGGAACUUAUGGAUGGGAGCUAGUCAAAAUUUUAGACACACCAGCAAUAAAAAUUGACGGCGGUGGAUUCGGCUCAUUUUCAUAUAAAAAGGUCAUGUGGAUGUUUUUGCAUCGAAAAAUAGUUGCUGCUCCACCUGAUCCCUCCGGUGGCGCACCGACUCCAGCGGAACCACCAAAAUAAUCGACAGGUGUAAAACUUUUCCGAACUUGUCUUACUGUGAUAUCUUCGCGUCUAUUGGACAUCUACCUGCAACUAGUUACUCUAUCUGUCCUUUCAAACUAGUCGCCAUUCAACAACUCACUAGGUCUUGUCUGUGAUAUUGUCUAUUGAAUCUCUAUUUG